GAUACUUAUAGACAGCUGUCAAAUAUUAUUAUAAUUCAUCUGAUUUGGAAGUUUUAUAAUUAAACCUUUUGGAAAUGACUAACCUUCAACGCUGGCUGUUGUACUUAGUACUCUUCCUUGUUCCCUAUUUUGGCAUUUUAGCUAAAGCUAUCAAAACGCAGGGCAUGGAAAACUUGUUAUUGCCCCUGCAGUUAGCUCCCUAUGUGUUGGUUAUUGCGUUUGGAUUAUAUGCUGCCGGCACCGUGUUGUAUCGUACGUUCACUUUUAAUGAUUGCCCAGCUGCUGCUAAGGAGCUACAGGAUCACAUCCAUGAGGCACGAAAGGACCUGCUAUCAAAGGGAUUCAUAUUUCGUGAUUAAUUAUGAAUGGAAUUUAUAUGGCAACUCAAAAGGCAUGAAUAAUACACUAUAAUUACUUUUAA